AUUAGUAAAUCCAUCCUUCCAUCAUCGACCGCUUAACUAACUAAAUGUAUGACUAAAUACAUAACAAAAUAUUUGACUAAAUAUAUAACAAAAUAUAUAUCUAAAUAUAUAACUAAAUAUAUAACAAAAUAUAUGACUAAACAUAUAACUAAAUCCAUCCAUCCAUCAUCGACCGCUUAACUAACUAAAUAUAUGUUCGAUAAACCGUAUCGUAAACCGAGGCGAAGUAACGAUAUCUGUAACGUCAGUCUGUUAUUAUGAAAAACACGUACAACGUCCUGGACGACGAAAGUCGUCAUGGAAAAUCCGAAAAAAAUGAUUUUGUCGUAUCGCGAUAUCGUGACCUUUGAUCUGUGCGUGUGUGUGUGUGUGUGUGAAGGAACAAAGGAGCAUCUGGACGCACUGAUCGGUGACAUCAGAGGAAACGCCAACGUGGUUCGGUCCAAACUCAAAUACAUGGAGCAGACCAUGCCGACGGACAACGCCGUGAACCGGUCGUCUGUGGACUUCAGGAUCCAGAAGACACAGUACACGGUGUUGUCCAGGAGGUUCGUGGAGGUCAUGACCCAGUACAACGAGACGCAGGUGUCCUUCCGGGAACGGAGUAAAAGGAGGAUCCAGAGACAGCUGGAGAUCACUGGACGAGUGACGACUGACGAGGAGCUGGAGGCCAUGUUGGAGAGCGGGAACCCGACCAUUUUCACGUCUGACAUCAUUUCCGACUCCCUCAUCACACGUCAGGCGGUGGACGAGAUCGAGUCCCGUCACCAGGACAUCAUCCGUCUGGAGACCAGUAUCCGAGAGCUUCACGCCAUGUUCAUGGACAUGGCCAUGCUGGUGGAGACGCAGGGCGACAUGGUCAACAACAUCGAGACGAACGUCUCCAACGCCGCCGAGUACAUCGUCCGCGCCAAGGAGGAGACCAAGAAGGCCGUACGGUACCAGAAGAAGUCCAGACGGAAGUACAUCAUCCUGGCCUUCGCGCUGCUGAUCCUCGUCGCCGUCGUCGCACUGGUCGUCGGUCUGUCCGUGGGACUGACCAAGCCUCCGGUCUGAGGGGUCGGCGGUACCAGGUGUCAGGUAAACCAUGUGACGUCAACAAACUAGUCCCGCAGCUGGUUCUCAACCUAGGGCUCGCUGACUGGUUCGGGGGGGUCACUUUGAUUUCACCAGGACAAAAAAAAAAAAAAAUUAAAUUUAUAUCUACCUGUCAACAAGAGAGGACGUCAAAAUGUAAUGACCCCGGUGCAGUACCACCGCAGGGCCACUGGAGGUCGCCAUUUUAACACUUUUUUUUUUGUUCCAAUUUUGACAGAAAUAUCUCUGUGUUGCCAUGUGCGGGGGUGCUGCCCCCACACCUCCCCCGACCCUCUUCCGCCCCCUGUUGGAUUACAGGUGUUACAGGAAUAUUUGACUGGGAAUUGGUGAUACAACAAAAAAAAAAAAAAA